AUGCCUGUCUCCCAGAAACAAAUGGAGGCAGACCAAAUCGCCAUGAGGUUCGUCGAACUGCUGGGGCAGCGCGACGAGUUCGACGCCCAGCAGUACAUUACAGAUUGCGCCGACACCUCUGGCCUCGACGGCUGGGAAAUCCAGGGCCAUCACCGCACCAUCUACCACUGGGUUACCAGCUACGUCUGGGACUUGGAGUGCCGCGACAAGACUCCCGCCCCCACCGUUGUGGCCGAGCUGGCGGUCAUCCGCCGGAUUGCCAAGUCGGUCUUCGACUUCAAGACCGACCACCACGUGCCCCAAAUGGCGUUUUGCGCACUCUUGGCUAUUGGAAUCCUGGAGUGGCUGGCACCAACUAUUAACGAAACCCUCUUCCCCGAGACUGAGGGCCCUGCAUGCGAGACCCGCGGGGGCUACUCAGUCAACAUCACGCCCGAUCAUCUCUGCAUUCCGUAUGCACCGGAGCCCCUUCUCAAGGACUUCGUAUCUCGCCUGCGCAUCUUCUACACCAGGGUCGUCUGA